AUGGCGGACUUCUACAUUCGGUCAGCCAAAGCGCUCGACCGCGUGCUGCGCGACGAAUGCUCGGUGAAAGCAGCUGCGGCGCCGCAUCCUGAUUCCGGCAGGGUGUUGGCCAUCCUCAUCAACUCGUUGGCCUAUCGAAGCGCUCUCAGCCAUGCAUUGGACGAGUCCAAAGUGAUCAAGCUCGAAGACCGGACUUUCACACUGAGUCCACCACCGGCAAAUAAAGGCAAAGAUCCCAAGUUCAAUGCCAAAGGCAAAGGUAAAGAGGCCGUACCCAAGUCGCAGUCACAGUCCAAACCCAGCAAAGGUGACUACCCGAGCAAAGAGGCUUUCCUCUUAGUGCUCUGCCACGACCUACUCUUCCAGUCCCGCGGUAUCCAAGCUAGCAAGACCUGGCCGCCUAAAGUGACUCUCGAGCGGUAUCGAGCCUCGCUACACUCGUCGCUCGUCAAGCUUCAGAUCCGACAAGGCAAAUCGCGAAUCCAGGACCUGCGUUCGGGUGCUCUGUACCAGGAGAUGACGGCACGCAUGCCUCGAUGGAUCCGGAUCAAUUCCCUGCGUGCGACGUGCCAAGAAGUGUUUGACUGGCUGAGCGAGAACCGAUACACGCAGGUACUUCCAGGAGUGCAAGAGCUGGGUAACAUCAAAGAGUUUGCCGAGUCGCUGCACGUGCCUGGGCUGCUGGCGUUCCACCCCAAGGCCACGAGUGCACUGUUGAAGAGCGAGAUGUACCGGGACAAUUGGGUGGUGAUGCAGGAUCUGGCGAGUUGCUUCCCUGCGUUUAUCCUGGAUCCGCCACAGGGCGGGAUGGUGGUGGACGCGACGAGUGCGCCGGGGAACAAGACAUCGCAUCUGAGCGCGAUCAUGUUCAGCAAGCGCUCCGCCUCGCCUGUGCUCAACGGCGAAGAGGCCGGGCGCAUCGAUGCGUUCGAACGCGAUGCUGUGCGGUACAAGACGCUCGUUAAACGGCUCACUGCAGUCGGGGCCUUGGCGGACAAAGCUGCUGGAGGCAACGUCGUCGCACAGCGCAAAGACUUUCUCACCACCAACCCCGCCGACUUUCCCCUAGUGACGCACAUGCUUCUCGACCCGUCCUGCAGCGGCACGGGCAUCGUCAACCGCCUAGACUUUCUCAAAGAGGACGACGAUGUCGAGAACGACGCCGACGACUCCCCCUCUUCCCCCGGUGCCGAAGAAAGCACCUCGAAACUCGCGAGACGACUGCACCAGCUGUCGGAAUUCCAGCUGCUCAUGAUCCGGCACGCGUUCAAGUUCCCCGCGCUCCGCAAGGUCGUCUACUCGACCUGCAGCAUCCACGCAACCGAGAACGAGGCUGUUGUCCUGCGUGCCCUGGACACAGACGAGGCGAGCGAGUUCAACUGGGCGCUGGCGCCCCGUGCGGACGUGAUCCCGAGCUGGCCCGUAAGAGGCGACAAGGCGGCGUGCGCAGGUAGGCUCGACGUCGCGGACAGCGUCAUCCGCUGCAUCCCGGGUGGAAGGGGCGACGGCGACCGGCCACACGUCGAGAGCUGCAACGGCUUCUUUGUCGCCUGCUUUGUCCGGCGCGACCAUGAUGCCGAGCGCACGCACAAGGUGGCCAGCGCUAAAAGAACGGUGGAUGACAUCGACGACGUCGACAACGUCGAGGCGGAUGAAAGCGAUGACGACGACAACGACGACGACGAGGAGCACCGUGGAAACCAUGACCAAGCACAAGCGCCCAAAGCAAGCCGCAAUGCAGCAGCCAACCGCAAAAAGAAGCUCCAAAAACGACGAAAGAAGCAACGCUUGCAACAAUCCUCUUCCGCAUAG